GCUGUGAUUGGCUGCCCUCCAAUCAUUGUGUAGAAGAGCGCUCUAGUAAUACAGGAUAGUGGGGUUGGUUACCCUCCAUGGAAUUGUGUCUAUCACUUACAUUGUAUGGAAUAGAAUUUUGAGCCACAUACUUUGAAUUUCCUGAAUGGGUCCCAAGUAGUAAGCGGGCCCUUUGCGCCGCCCCUAUGUUUCCUGGGGACGGAUUAGUCGGCGUACAGGAUGUGGAGGACGGCGUUCCGAGUGUCCCGGUUGAGUCUUAGGGGACCGAGCUUAAUAUACCGUCCUGUGCGGCUCCCAUUCCUUCCCCCGGUGGUGGCGGAGCAGCGAUGUGUGAGGCGGGAGUACAGCAGUCAGGGCCCGGCGCCCAAAAAGUUGAUGGUGAUCAGUCUCCCCAAUCCCUUCAUCUGGGCGAGGACCAGAAUCUACGUCUUCCUCAUCCAGACCUUCCUGGACCAGGAAUUCAGCCUGGAUGAGUUCAAUAAGGGGGCCCGACAAGCGUUUUUAUUUGUUUCAAGAAUGCUGUCUCAGAAAAAAUUUGAUGCAUUAGAAAAUCUUGUUGCCGAGGAGGUCCUGAAGGACUUGGAAGAAAAAUGCUCUGGAUUGUCUGACAACCACAGGGAAGCUCUGGUAGCGGAGUCAGAUGAAAUAUUGUACCUUUCUCCUGGGUUGUUUAGUAUAUAUUAUGGCGCUAACGAGACAAAGUUUGUGAACAUACUUGUGCGCUUUUGGUAUAUGAAGAAUGUGGACCUUCGGGAAGAAGAACCAGAAGGAACAGAAGUAUUUGGAAUGCUAAAAGGAUUUCGGAAUGCAAAUGAGCGUAUCCUCACAGCAAACUAUGAGUUCCGCAGAGAAUUUACUCAGGGAGUAAAGCCAGAGUGGACCAUCACACACAUUGAGCAUUCAAAAUUAUAGUAGUGAACUCUUUGCACAUCACCCUGAAGCUUCUAUUCAGUUUAUUUUUGUCUCAGACUGCCUAGUGGAGUCAGAGUUUAAUAAUGUAAAUGUAAUAAAUUGUAUAAUUGAAAAUGCAA